AUGGCGAGGGCCCACCGAGAAGCCAAGAAGAAGAGCAGACGAGACAACCGAGUGGGCGAAGCACGGGAGAGCACAAGAAGACAAGGCGGCGGCGAAGGGCAAGAGGCGGGAGGAACAAACACAGAAGCAGCAAGGAGACAAGAAGCACAAAACAGCAGAAGCAGCAAGAACAACACAGAAGCAGCAAAAGCCCAAGGAAGCAGCAAGAACAGCAGAAGGAGCAAGAAACGCCCAAGAGCAAGAGGAGCAAGAGGCCGCAGGAAGCAGGAAGCAACAGCAAGAAGAAGCAGCAGAAGCGCCAGGACAACAAGAGGGGGGAAACCCGAAGGGGAAAGGGAGAAGUCAGAGAGGGUGGCAAGCAGGGGAGAAAGAGCCAAAAGCAAGGGGGGAAGCGGGGGAGAUCCAACAUGGAGUGAGGGACGUCGGCACAAGGAUAAGCCAGAGGCGAUAGUGUCCCGAAGCCGGGUGACUGGGGACAAGGACGCAAAGGCACCGGGAAGAAGGGCCGAAAGGGCGAAAGGGCCCAAAGAAGCAAGAACAGAGCAUUAG